AAAUCACAUAACAAUUCUCAGCUGUGUAUGUUUUAGCAAAUACAGAAACCUGCUCAGAAAAACAAGAAAAGUUUUAGCACCAUCAUCAAUCUCCUUUGACAAACACAACAAACUCUUACCUCUUUUUCUUCCCUUAUCGCUAAGAAGAAUGGCUGAGGCUGUUGUUUCUGUGGCUGUUCAAAAAAUUUCUGAUUUGCUCAUUCAAGAAUCAGUUUUUCUGCAUGGUGUGCGGGAUGAAGUCCAACGGUUGCAAUCUGAACUCAAGCGGAUGCAGUGCUUCUUGAAAGAUGCAGACCGACAUCAAGAUCAAGAUGAUCGCGUUCGGAACUGGGUAGCUGAAGUCAGAGACCUCACUUAUGAUGCUGAGGAUGUUAUCGAUACCUUUCUUCUUAAUGUUGCAAGGUGCAGAGGAGAAGGUGUACGUGGGUUCAUUAGCAGGUCUUCCUUCAAGUUCAAUAAGGCUUUCCUUCUACACGAAACAGGAACCCAGAUCAAAUCAAUCCAAGCUAAGAUUGAGGAUAUAUCCAAAAGUAUGCAGACUUACGGCGUCAAACUUGAUGAGGGACAAGGGUCUUCUAAUUAUGGGAGACAACAAGAAUCCAGAAGAUCGUAUCCACAUGCUGAGGAAGAGUAUGUCAUUAGCUUGGAUGCUGUAAUAAGUGAUCUUAAAGCUCGGUUGAUGACGGAGGAAGAGCGAAUGCGUGUUGUUUCAAUAGUGGGGAUGGGAGGACUGGGUAAAACCACCCUUGCCAAGAAAGUAUACAAUGACACUCAUGUGAAGCAACACUUCGAUUGUUAUUCUUGGGUCUUCGUAUCUCAGCAAUUCUCCAUCAAGGAUGUUUUGGUUGGAAUCCUGAUAAAUGUUGCAUCUGGUGAGGAUAAAUCAAAGUUACUGGAGAGAAUGAAGGAUGAACAACCUCUUAAAUCCAUGUUGGAAAAGAUGAAGGAGGAAGUACAGUUUAAAUCUGUGUUGGAAAGUUUAAAAGAGGAAAGGUUGAUUGAAGCACUUCACAGUGUGCUAGAGGAGAAGCGUUACUUGGUGGUUUUUGAUGAUAUUUGGACAAAUGAGGCGUGGGAUCGUUUGAAACCUGCUUUCCUAAAGGGAAAGAAAGGGAGCAAAGUUCUAUUCACCACCCGUAAUAGAACACUUGCUUCUCAUGCUGAUCCAUGGGGCUCUCCAGUGGAACCUCCAUUUUUGACGGAUGAUGAAGGUUGGGAACUUCUCGAAAGGAAAACAUUCCCGAGAGAGAUCCCGAAGGAGCAUGGCUGUACACCAGAACUUGAGAAAUUGGGAAGGGAAAUGGUGAAAAAAUGCAGAGGAUUGCCACUUGCUGUUGUUGUGCUUGGAGGUUUAUUGGCAACAAAGAAGUCAUUGAAGGAGUGGGAGGUGGUUCACGGAAGCAUUAAUGCACAAUUUGUCAAGUGGGAACAACAUCAUCAAUACGGAGGAGUGUAUGGAAUUUUAGCUUUGAGCUAUCAUGACUUGCCUUUCCAUUUGAAACCAUGCUUUCUUUAUCUUUCUCAAUUUCCAGAGGACUGGGAGUUUAAGAAAAGGGAGUUGAUUCGAAUGUGGAUAGCCGAAGGGUUUAUAUUGCAGUCGUCAAUAGGAGGAGAAGAGACAAUGGAAGACGUGGGUGAAGAAUAUUUGGAAGAGCUUGUGAGUAGGUGUGUGGUUCAAGUGAGCCAAAGAGAUCACACUGGAAUAGGUGUGAAAAGAUGCAGAAUUCAUGAUUUGGUGCGUGAUAUGUGUAUUUCCAAGGCAAGGGAUGAAAAUUUCCUUGGAGUUAUGCAGCAUACAGAGGACGCUGUGACAAACAGCAGUUCAUCCACUCUGCAGUUGACAUCAAGUAUUAAGUGGCGUAGAAUUGCUAUUCAUCCUCGCAUAUCUGGGAAUGAUGCAAUCAAAUGGAAGUUCUAUGUGCCUUUGUUAAAAAGCGGUGAUUCACAUCUCCGUUCUCUUUUCUAUUUCAAUGAAGAUGGUAUGCAGAAGUUUUAUAUGACAAGGCAGCAAGGAAGGUUUAUUUUUGAGAAUUUUAGAUUGCUAAGAGUUUUAAAAAUUGACAAUAUAUGGCAGUCCCGACUACCCUGGGAAAUUGGGCAUUUGAUUCAUUUGAGGUAUCUUGGACUGUACGGUGCUCGAAUGAAUGAUAGAGUUAAGUGCCUGUGCUUAGAGUCAUCACCUUUACCAUCAUCCAUAGGUAAUCUGCGGAGUUUGUAUACUCUUGAUUUACGCAAUAAUUACAUGAUUAUAUUACCGGCUGCAUUAUCAAAAUUAGAAUGCUUGAGACAUCUAUUAGGGGAUAGUUAUUCUUUAAGGCAGGUUAGAUUGGAAAAAUUAAGACACCUGGAGACUUUGAAGUGUGUGCAAGCAGAGUAUCUAAUUAAAACCGAUGCAGUCCGGAAAUUGAUCAAUCUCCGAAAUUUAUCAAUAGAGUUCGAGGCAAAAGAGGAAGUUGAAGUGGUUCUAAGAUCUCCUAUUUUUGAAUUAGGCCGUCUCCGUUCCUUGAAGAUGCUGAUGCUGAUGGGGAUGCCGAUGGAAUCAUUUCCUAAUUUGGAACCACUUUCUAGUCUUCAUCGUCUUACAAAAGUGGAGUUAUGGGGAGCCAUACCAGAAGAUCCACAUUCCCUGCAUCACAACUUGGAAUACCUACCAGCAAGCCUAGCCAAGUUAACUUUGAUAUAUUCUCAAUUGAAGCGAGAUCCGAUGGGCAUUUUGGAGAAGCUGCCUAAUCUGAGAUUUUUGAGGUUCGAUUCUCAUUCAUACGAAGGGUCUAAAAUGGUCUGCUCUGCCCAUGGGUUUCCUCAACUUGAGACUCUUACUCUUGCACGUUUACAUGAACUAAAAGAAUGGGAAAUAGAAGAAGGUGCAAUGCCAUGUCUCAAGACUUUACAAUUAUUGUAUCUAUCAGAACUGAAGAUGAUUCCAGAAGGAUUGAAAUCAGUCACCACCAUCCAAGAAUUGAAAAUUACUAGGAUGACAAAAGAAUUUGUGAAGAGGGUUAAAGUCAUAGACGGAGUAGAAGGAGAGGAUUUUGAAAAAGUGCGCCACAUACCAUCCAUCUCAUUCAACUAAUGGCGAAGCUGAAAAAACAUUUAUCACAAAGGCAUUUUGUAAGAGCAAUGAAUUGAUGGCAAACUCAGAAUUGCAGUCUGCGGACUGUAGCAGGCUUGGACAUGAACAUCCAUAACAGCAUUCCAUUUGGAUGUGAUUAGUUGUUUUCCUGUGUUGUUUUUGUGUUUUGAAUAAUAAAUUUCAGUGUGAAAACCUUCAAACUUUAUUUCUUAUUUGCCAUAAUUGUAUUGUCAUUUUUAAUGUUUAUUUUACUUCUUAUUUCUUCCCAUAAAUAACAAAAUGAUGUAUUGCAAAUGCUUGACGAUAUUCAGUGUACCGUGUAAAAUACUGGAUUCACAAUGGAACAAUGGGUUUCUUGGUUUCCCAUCUCAUGAUUCUCAUGCGUGGUGAAUAGGAGGCUAGUAACAGGGAUGCAAUAAAGUUCACACUUCAGCAA